AUGCUCGAGAAGAAACAAGAGGAGGGCGCCAUAUCGCCAACAACGUCUAAUGUUGGUCAGAUUACCGAUGCAUAUGCUCAUGAUGCCGUAUUUGGCGAGAUCACCGAAGAUGGUCCGAAUUAUCGCAAUGUCGGAUGGCUUGGGACUGCUGUUCUCAUGAUGAAGACCCAAAUCGGUCUAGGUGUCCUGUCGAUUCCUGUGGCUUUUGAUGCCCUUGGUAUCGUACCGGGUGUAAUAGUGCUGUGCGCUAUUGCUGGAAUCACAACGUGGUCUGACUACAUUAUCGGUGUCUUCAAGAUUCGCCAUCGUGAAGUCUACGGAAUUGACGACGUGGGCGAGUUGUUAUUCGGCAAGCCGGGAAGAAUCAUUCUCGGUGGAGCUUUCAUUCUCUGGUGGAUGUUCACCGCAGGCUCCGGAAUGCUGGGCAUUUCCAUCGGCUUGAAUGCCGUGUCCGAUCACGCCACCUGCACAGCCGUUUAUGUUUUCGUUGCCUUCAUUGUAGCAUUCGUUCUAGGCAGCAUCCAGACGCUAGGACGCAUUUCGUGGAUUGCAUGGGUUGGCUUGACCUGCAUUCUUACCUCAAUUCUCAUUGUUACCGUUGCUGUCGGUCUUCAAGAUCGUCCUGCCUCAGCACCUAAAGAUGGUGUUUGGGUCUCCGACUACAAGAUUGUUACCGAUUCAUCCUUCUCUAGCGCCAUCUCAGCCGUAACCACCAUUGUAUUCGCAUAUGCCGGAACCCCAGCAUUCUUCUCCAUUGCAUCUGAAAUGCGCGACCCCCGUCACUAUAACCGAUCCCUUAUGCUCUGCCAAAGCGUCGUCACUUGCUUUUACAUCGUAGUCGGCGUGGUUAUCUAUUACUACUGUGGCUCAUACGUCAGCUCGCCUGCCCUAGGCUCUGCCGGACCGACCGUGAAGAAAGUCAGCUACGGAUUCGCCCUUCCCGGCUUAAUAGCCAGCACUCUACUUUUCGUCCACAUCACCGGAAAAUACAUGUUCGUUCGCAUCCUCCAAGGCUCCCGGCAUCUAGUCGCAAACACCGUGAUACACUGGUCCGUCUGGCUCGCAUGCACCUUUGGCACCUCAAUAGUAGCCUACAUUAUCGCCAGCGCUAUCCCCGUUUUCAGUGACCUCGUCUCGCUUGUCGGCGCUCUGCUCGGCACCCCCAUGUGCUUCCAGCCCAUGGCCGGCAUGUGGCUCUACGACAACUGGAGCCGGCCCAAGCGGGACUGGAAGUGGACUGCGAUGGUCUGCUGGUGUGGAUUUGUCAUUUUGGCUGGAACCUUCCUGAUGAUUGCUGGCACAUAUGGAUCGGUUAUUAGCAUUAUUGACGACUACAAGGAGUCUGGAGGUUCGGCAGCCUGGUCUUGCGCCGACAACUCAUCCUAG